UCUUUCAGGAAACAACAUGAAGUUCUUAAUUACUUUCGCCUGCCUGUUGGCUGUGGCCUACGCCUUUGAGAAUGCAGAAGUUCUGAAAGACAUUAGAGAUGCCGACACCGUUAGCUACAACACCCAAAUUUCGCUGUCCAAUUCAAUUGAUUCAAAACAAAGUGGUAAAUUGAAUGGAGACGAAUGGAUUGUUGAAGGCGAUAGCGCCUUUACCUCUCCUGAGGGUGAGAAAGUGGCCAUUAAAUACAUUGCCAACGCAAAUGGCUACCAAGUACUUGAUGCCCAACCCCCACUACCAACCCCACCACCAAUUCCAGAGCCGAUCUUGAGGGCGAUUGAUUACAUCCAACAGCACCCAAACUUAGAUGCCCAGAAGAACUAA